GAAACGCGGUAAAACGAUAUUCCGGUUUGCAGACAACAGCAUGGCAUCCGAUAGCACCAUGGCUAACGUUAACGGACGAGAGACCGUCUCCCUGAACGGGGAACCGGUCGUUAAACGGCCACGGGAGAGUGUCUCGCAGGAGAGUCUUCUCCGUGUCCCGAAGGAGCCUCAGAACAAAGUGACCGUGGUGCUCGGAGCGCAGUGGGGCGACGAGGGCAAAGGAAAAGUUGUGGACUUGCUCGCAAUGGAUGCGGAUAUUGUAUGCAGGUGCCAGGGAGGCAACAAUGCAGGACACACCGUGGUUGUGGACUCUGUGGAGUAUGACUUCCACCUGCUGCCCAGUGGAGUGCUCAACAAGAAGGCUGUCUCCUUCAUCGGUAACGGGGUGGUGAUACACCUUCCAGGUCUGUUUGAGGAGGCAGAAAAGAACCUGCAGAAAGGCAAAGGAUUACAGGGAUGGGAGGAGAGAUUAAAGAUAUCCGAUCGUGCUCACAUUGUGUUCAACUUCCAUCAAGCGGUUGAUGGGAUCCAGGAGCAGCAGCGGCAGCAACAAGAAGGGAAAAAUUUGGGAACCACUAAGAAGGGUAUCGGCCCUGCCUAUUCAUCCAAAGCAGCUCGCAACGGUCUGCGAGUCUGUGACCUUGUAUCAGACUUCAAGGUUUUUGAAGACAAGUUUCGUAUGUUGGCAGAACAUUUCCUGACGAUGUAUCCAAACCUUAACAUCGACAUUGACAGUGAACUGGAGCAGCUGAAGGCAUAUGCAGAGAGACUGCGUCCUCUAGUGACUGAUGGGGUGUACUUCAUGCACAAAGCCCUUACUGGACCCAGUAAGAAAAUCCUUGUGGAGGGAGCCAAUGCUGCUCUCCUGGAUAUCGACUUUGGGACCUAUCCUUUCGUGACUUCUUCCAACUGCACUGUGGGAGGAGUCUGCACUGGUCUCGGCGUGCCUCCGUCAUAUGUUGGCCGUGUAUACGGUGUCGUUAAAGCGUACACCACCCGGGUGGGCGUUGGUGCUUUCCCAACAGAGCAAGUUAAUGAGACUGGGGACCUGUUACAGUCCAAAGGGAAAGAGUUUGGUGUGACGACGGGCAGAAAGAGGCGUUGUGGAUGGCUGGACCUGAUUUUGGUCAGAUACGCUCACAUGGUCAAUGGCUUCUCUGCAAUUGCCCUGACGAAGCUGGACAUUUUGGACACACUGAAGGAGAUUAAAGUGGGCGUGGCCUAUAAGGUUGAUGGACAACCUCUACCAAGUUUCCCAGCGAACAUGGACGUUUUGACGCGGGUGUCAGUGGAGUAUGAGACGUUACCCGGCUGGUGCUGCAGCACAGAGGAAGCCCGGACCUUCGAGGACCUGCCGUCGCAGGCACAAAAUUACAUUCACUUCAUCGAGGAGUUCCUGCAAGUGCCAGUGAAGUGGGUUGGAGUCGGCAAGUCCAGAGAGAGCAUGAUCAAACUGUUUUGAUCCGUCUGCGGACCUGUAGUCCUCCUCAACAACAGCUCAGAUAAUAAUUUAAGGUUUUGAUGGGAUUACAAGAGGAAUUUAAAUGCAAACUAUGUCCUAAAGGAAAUACUUCACCAGCAAGCUUAGUUGAUACUUGUGCAUCCCAUUUAAAAGACUCCUUAGAUAUCAUUUAUGCAUUCCACGUAAUGUUUUCUAUAUUUAUUAGGGUGUUAAUUUUUAAAACCUGGUGCAAAUACAUCUAUCAUUCUCUAUUCCAUUCCACAGGCUUAUUAAUCUUAAUAUCAGUUCACCACGUUACUUUUGAUUUAAGUUUUUUUUUUUUUGUUGUUGUUGUUUUUUUACAUUUAUUUAAAGAGCAAUAAAUGAACAGAUUUGAAGCCUUCAUAUUAAAGGACGUCGCAACAAGAUUAUUUUCAGGCUUUGUAAAGAGAUGGAAAAACCAUCCUAUGAUCUGUAUGAUGGUGAACUUUUGUAUUGAACAAUUUUAAAACACUUUUAAAACAUGAAUGCAUCUCAGAUGUUAAGUUUGUAAUAACAUUUUCAUGACGAUUGUUGGAACCAACACAUUGCUUUUUAAAUCAACCUCAAGACGGAUAAAUCAACAAGAAGCAGUCUGAGUUUGAAGACAUGUUUUCUUCAUAAUAACUGAAGGAAAAUAAUUCGAAAUUCCAUGUUUAUGCAAAGGCAUUGGUAUUUGAGGACUUUGUGUAGAUGUAAAGAGAACGGCUGUAAUGUACUAAAGUAUAUUUCAAUGUGUCAGUGUAAAAGGCUCCUACUCAGCUUGCUGUUAUCAAUAAACUUAACAAAAAUA